CAUCGGCCACAAGAAAGAAACGGACCUAGUGGACGAGUUGGUCCUAGCUGUGAAGAAUCAGCCACCCUCGUCCGACGUGAGCAGGAGCCACGUGGAGCCAUCGCUGGACUCGAGUGGCCCGGGCUCGAGGAGGGACGUGAAGCGCAAGCGGGCGGAGGAGGCGGUGGAGGGUGCCCCGCAUCCCCAUGCAUCCCAACCAAUCAAAACGCCUGAGUACGGCGCUUCCCAGCGCCACGGGCAGCAGCACGGCUACUAUAGUGGCGCAGCAGCCGCCGACCCCGUACGGACAGCAAAGCCCUGCUUCGGCCUGGCCCCCGUACCAACUCCCUGCACGGGAGCUGGCCGCCCGUUCGCUCUCCCCGGCCGCUCCGGCGACCCCGACGGCCACCACCGCACCGUCCCGAGUGUUGGCUGGUCUACCGAAAUCAGUGGCAAGGCCCAACCUGCUCGUCAUCGAGACGGUGGACAACAAGGCGGAGAAGUCGAUGGCGUUUUGCAGGACGAAGGCCAAGCCUGGUUCAAAGGGUGCGCACGUGUCGGAGGCCAGCUUCAGGGCCACCCCACCCUCUGACCCGGCUACAGGGCAGCAGGACAAGGACGAGGACGAGAUGCACCUCAAUAACUUGCAGAGGGAGUGGAACAAGCUCCAGAGUCAGCAAGUCAAGCUGCUGCGGGACUGUAGCAGGGCGAAGGAUAACCACGAUAUCCCGCAGCAGCUGGAGCUCAACCAGCUGCAGGAUGUGGUGGCGUACAAGAUGAAGAAGCUGGCGGCCGAGAUGAACACGUUCCCAAAGAAGGGCGUGAAGCUCAGGGGUGCCGCAUAUCAAGUGCAGAAGCGGUCCGUGGAGCGCCAGCGGAAGCCGGCCGUGGAGCGGCACCACAAGCCGGCCGUGGAGCGGCAGGAGAUAUCGGCCGUGGAGCGGCAGCAGAAGUCGUCCGUGGAGCGGCAGGAGAAGCCGGUCGUGGAGCGGCAGGAGAUGUCGUCCGUGGAGCGGCAGGAGAUGUCGUCCGUGGAGCGGCAGGAGAUGUCGUCCGUGGAGCGGCAGGAGAUGUCGUCCGUGGAGCGGCAGGAGAUGUCGUCCGUGGAGCGGCAGGAGAUGUCGUCCGUGGAGCGGCAGGAGAUGUCGUCCGUGGAGCGGCAGGAUAUGUCGUCCGUGGAGCGGCAGGAGAUGUCGUCCGUGGAGCGGCAGGAGAUGUCGUCCGUGGAGCGGCAGGAGAUGUCGUCCUUGGAGCGGCAGGAGAUGUCGGCCCUGCCUUGCGCCCUCAACACGUGCUACGAUGCUGGGGAGCACUGGUGCGAGAACUGCAGCGUCACCUUUGACUCCCUGUCGCAGUUCCUGCAGCAUCUGCACAGCAGGAAGCAUCGCCAGACUCUAGACCCCGAUCAUCACCCAUGGGUCUUUCAGCAGCAGCAGUUGGAUUGGUUGCAGCAACAGAAGGAACCAUCUCGGCUGAAGAGCAGGUCACAAGCUAAAGGGUCGGAGUUUAUGAUGCCCAUUUUGGGGUAUUACUGCCAGCUCUGCGCAGAGUUUUGUGUGGACCAAGCUUUUGCCAAGGAGCAUGUGAUGUCUUCGAAGCACAACAACAACUACCAGAAAAUGGUGAAGGACAACCGGGUGUACGAGCCACGGCGCAUAAUGGGCUGGAAGACCAAACAGGCAGUGGUGGUGGAGACCGAGCGGCGGUACCGCAUGGAGGCGGUACGGAGGAUCUCCGAGGAGAACAAGGCGAAGCUGAUGAAAAUGGAGGAGGAGGAAAAGAGCAAGCUUGCCGAGCUGGACGAAAACUGCGUGGAGGGCGUGGAACUGGGCCCCAAAGCUCCCAUAAAGAUCUCGCUGAGGGCCGAGAACGACCGCACCACGCCACGGGACAAGGCCGAGGGCGUGAUGCCGAGCGGGGACGACCAAAUCGGGGCCGCCAGAGACCGGAAGGAGGAGAACGGCGGCGCCAUGGCAGAGCCCAGCCACGCCAAGGAGGCCGCAGACAGCAGGCCGUCCGGCAAGACGAUUUCCAUUAAGCUCUCGGGGAAGACCUUGGUGGCGCCUGUGGCCCAGUGGACACCCUCCUUGGGUCCCUGUGUCACCCCCACCCAGGCCAAGAUCAGGCCCAACUUUUCCAUGGCUCUAGUAAGCGCUCGCAAAGGCCCUGUCGCCCCCCCUUCCUUGAACAAACCGGCUUCUCUAGACAAGUUCAUUUCGAUUGGCUCAAAGGGCGCAGGGAAACCCCUGCCCGUCAUAAAGGAAGGUGGGAAUAAAGAGCUAACGGCGCCUCCCGUAGGUGCCAAUCAGGCUUCCGAGGCUCAGCCGGUUGCCGUGGCAAAGAGCCCUGUAAGAGAGCACCUGAAGACGGUGUUGGAGAUUGCACCCGCAAGCGACCAGGCUGGGAGUUCUGCAGCGCGGCAGCAGGAGGAGGAAUCGGCGCCGGGCACCCAGCUGGAGGUGCACACGGUGCUGGCCAUCCCUGUGAAGCCACCCCCAGUCAUCGCCUCCGGUGCGUACACCGACACCCACCAGCCCCACUCCACGAAGAGACCCAAGGGCUGCUUGGCAACGGCCAACGCCAAGGACUUGUACAGCAUUUUCUACAGCAACCCUGGGGGCGAGGCGGGAAGAAAACUGUCUGCUUCGUCCUCUACGGAGAGGGAAGGUGGAGGCCUGGGUAGAGACACCACGGGUUCUCCCUUCCCGUUGGUCGGUGCUCGCGGGCCGGCGGCCCCAGAGUGGCCACCUUCCCUGACCUCCACGGACGGCGCCAACACCAUCACUGCGACUCCUGUGCUCUGAGGGUCCCUCGUACCCCAGCCGUACAUACAUGUGCCUCAUGGCUGAGGGGCAUGUAUGUACGUUUGCUGAGCUUCUUUCCCACCGUACAUACAACGACGAUAAUCGGAGGUGCGAAUCGGAGGGCCGUGUGACCAGGGCGGCGCGCGGCCCAGCCGAUCGGAACUCGUCUCACUUCACACGACAGUGGAGGAUGUUGUUGCGUCAACUUUUGAAGGCGUAUGGGACGGUGCACACCAAUGGGCCUGCGUAGAAUGUAAUCGGUCUGGGUUUCCUCUGUCUGAGUCGGAGAGUUAAUUAUCUUACCAACUAAGAACCUGAACAGACUCUUUUACAAGGCUGACCUGGCCACGAUGGCCCAGACCAUAGGGUGGGGUUGCUGUUCCUGUGUUUGAGUUUUUCCUCUCGGCUCCUCCCCCCUUCAGUUUUUUCACGGUGGGAGUGCAAUGUAUGACAU